AUGCCUAGCAUAGCGAGUCUUCGGCGGAUUACCGCAAAAUCCCUCUCGGACAUGAUCCUGGCCGAGUCGAGCGCCUCGGAGACCACUUUUGCGAUAAUAGACGUCCGAGACGAUGACCACAUUGGCGGCCAUAUCAAAGGCUCCAUGAACGUCCCCUCACGAACGAUAGACGCCAUGAUCCCCACCCUUCUACGGAAACUCGAGACCAAGCAAACCGUUGUUUUCCACUGCGCUCUCUCCCAACAGCGCGGGCCAUCCGCAGCGUUACGGUAUCUUCGGGAGGUCGAGAGGUUCAAGGCCGAACGAUCUACAGCAUCGUCGGAGGCGGAAGCGGAGGCGGAAGCGGCCAAGACGAUAGGAAAGGCGGAGGAGAGAAGCCAGACGGUAUAUGUUUUGGACCAAGGGUUUGUGGGCUGGCAGGAGCUCUAUGGUGAGGAUGAACGGUUAACGGAAGGGUACCGGAAGGAGUUGUGGAAGAAUGGAUAUUGGGGUUGA